UUCAUCACACACACAGUAUAUGCAGCAAGCAUUAAAGAAGAUAGUAAGCUUUAGUGAGCAAAUAACAAGACGAAGAAACAGAGGUUUGUGUUGCAGGUUUAUAAGUAUGGCUGAUACGACUAGUGCUGUUGGUGGUGGUGUACAAGAUGUCUACGGCGAGGAUUGUGCCACUGAGGAUCAGAUUAUCACCCCCUGGACCCUCUCCGUUGCCAGUGGGUAUAAUUUACUGAGAGAUCCACGCUACAACAAGGGGAUGGCUUUUACUCACGAAGAAAGAGAUGCUCAUUACUUGCGUGGCCUUCUUCCUCCUGUAGUAAUAAGCCAGCAACUUCAGGAGAAGAGAUUGAUGCAGAAUCUUCGGAGUUUUGAAGCUCCAUUACACAAGUACAUAAGUUUGAUGGAAUUACUGGAUAGGGAUGAGAAGCUAUUCUUUAAGCUUCUGAUUGAUAACAUGGAGGAACUUCUGCCUAUUGUUUACACUCCAACUGUUGGUGAGGCGUGCCAAAGAUAUGGCAGCAUAUUUAGACGUCCGCGUGGACUUUUUAUCAGCUUGAAUGACAAGGGAAAAAUUCUUGAGGUUUUGAAGAACUGGCCAGAGAAGAGUAUUCAAGUCAUUGUUGUGACUGAUGGAGAGAGAAUUCUGGGACUUGGGGACCUUGGUUGCCAGGGAAUGGGCAUACCCGUGGGUAAACUUGCUCUGUACACUGCACUAGGGGGAGUCAGACCUUCCGCGUGCUUGCCUAUAACCAUUGAUGUUGGUACAAAUAAUGAAAAGUUACUAAAUGAUGAAUUCUACAUUGGGAUCAGGCAAAGGAGGGCAACUGGGAAGGUGUAUAGUGAUUUUCUGCAUGAAUUCAUGACUGCCAUCAAGCAGAACUAUGGUGAAAAAGUUUUAGUACAGUUUGAAGAUUUUGCGAACCAUAAUGCUUUCGAGCUGUUGGAAAAAUAUAGCCCUACCCAUCUGGUCUUCAAUGAUGAUGUUCAGGGGACAGCAGCUGUGGUUUUAUCAGGGCUAGUUGCUGCACUGAAAUCACUUGGAGGAACAUUGGCCGAUCACACGUUUUUGUUCUUUGGUGCUGGGGAAGCAGGUACAGGUAUAGCUGAACUACUAGCGCUUGAGAUGUAUCACCAGGCAAAACUUCCGGUGGAUGAGUCACGUAAGAAGAUCUGGUUUGUAGACUCAAAGGGCUUGGUAGUUAGUUCUCGUAUGGAAUCCCUUCAGGCCUUCAAAAAACCAUGGGCUCAUGACCACGAACCUGUUACAAAUCUCAUAGAUAUUAUCAAGGCUGUCAAGCCCACAGCCUUAAUUGGGACAUCGGGGCAGGGAAAGACUUUCACAAAGGAGGUUAUUGAAGCUAUGGCCUCCUUUAAUAAGAAACCUCUUAUUAUGGCACUCUCCAAUCCUACCACUCAAUCUGAGUGCACUGCUGAGGAAGCUUAUUACUGGACGGAGGGUCGAGCAAUUUUUUCUAGCGGAAGCCCAUUUAACCCUGUAGAGUACAACGGCAAAGUUUUCUUUCCUGGACAGGCAAACAACGCUUAUAUCUUUCCUGGAUUUGGCCUUGGGUUGGUCAUGUCUGGUGCGAUUCGUGUGCACAAGGAAAUGCUUCUCGCAGCUUCUGAAGCGUUGGGUGGUACAGUAACACAGGAGGACUGUCAGAAGGGAAUGAUUUACCCACCAAUCUCUAAUAUACGAAAGAUAUCUGCACACAUUGCAGCCAAUGUUGCUGCAAAGGCAUAUGAAAUCGGUGUAGCAACACGACUUCCUCAGCCUGAAAAUUUGGUGAAGUUUGCAGAGAGCUGCAUGUACAAUCCAAAUUAUCGUAAUUAUCGCUGAACCAGUAUUAAUUUUGAAUUUUAGUUUGUGAUGAUAAAUAUCUUGUUUGAAUAAGCUUCAACAGUUGCUUGUUUCUCUUACUUCGUCAAGAAUCAGUUGAAUGUUUGUGUCAGUUUUAUGUUCAGUGUUAUUUUACAUUUCUAUUUAAGAUAGUGUUUGUAGAAUUUGUUGUAGCACUUAUUAAGU